CCUAGCUGUCCUAAAAAGACUAAAAUAAUAACAAAUUAUUUUAUUUAAAUCCUACCUUUCGACUCGACUUUGCAGGUCUUCUUCUUCGGUGGUUGAAACUGCAUACAACCCCUUAAAAAAAUUUGCAAAAUCGGAUCGAAAUCUUGGCUAUAAAUAAAAUAAUUUGUUAAUAUUUUAGUUGUUUUAAAUAUUUAGUUGUUAAUUAGGGAGGAUCUCAGAAGUAGCUUCCACAUAUUUAUUUUGUCAAACUAAACUGUCAUUUGGACUUUAAUUACCGAACUGCCAUUAUUGGAUCGAAGAAAAAUAAUUAAUUGGAUUUAAAAAAAAAAAGUAUAGUCAUAACCAACACAUAUAUUUUAAUUAAAAGUGUUUUUUUAUAACUUAAUAAUUGAAGAUAGCAAAUCAUUAAUAUUCCCUAUAAUCAAUGGCUUUAUUUUAUUUCUCACCUUCCUCGCUUUCUUUAGACUAUACGGGAUUUUCUCGGUCCAGAAUAAGAUGAUGGUGGAUCAUUGCCACAGUUAAAAAUCUACCCAGCAACGGGAUUUAAAUCAGUAAUUGUAAUCAAUGUAUAGUAUUAUUCGAGAAGACAUUUAAGUUGCUAGAAGAUAAUUUUUUUACAUUCAAUUUUGGCGUGGUAAUUUAGCAAUCUUUUUAAGUACAAUUUACAAUAUACACAUGUUUAUCCAUUUUUACUUUUUCCAUGUACUGUCCAAAGUUAUUUUAAGGAAAUUUAUAACGAAACAAUUAUUUGAUACAUUUACUUUGAAAAUUAACUUUGUACAUAUGAUUUGUGAUUAAAUUAUCAAAAACGAUUUUUUUUUUUUUUAAGGAACAUUUUAGAUAUAGGUUAGUUGAAACCCAUUAACUUUCUUUUAAGAUAGAGAAGCUGUACAUAAUAGAAAAACUCCUUGGUAUCUUUAAAAUUGUUCACAAUGGAUAGUGACGAUGAGAAUAAUAAUGAGCUUUACGCAGUAAGCUCGGAAGGCCCAUUCUUCCAAAUCCCAAAUCAUGAACAACCACCAGAUCCUGACAAAAUGUUCGCCAUUGACAACUGUGGAGAUUAUCUAGGUAAGGUUUUUAUCGAUUUGCAAGAGACUAUAAAGGCGCAGGAAAAAAGUAAAAAGAAAACUUAUGAAAAGAAAGAUGUAUUCAUGAGAGAAGGAAAUAAAGCUUUUAGAGAAAGAGACUAUAAGAAAGCCCUCAAAAACUACAACAAAGCUAUAGAUUUAGUAAUGGACAGUUGCGUGCUCUAUACAAACAGAGCUAUGACCUACCUAAAGCUUAAGAAGCCACGCCGAGCUCUUGUAGACGCUAGCAGUGCUUUAUAUUGGAAUCCUGAAAACAUGAAGGCUUUAAUUUACAAAGCACAGGCAUUAUACCUGAUGGGAGAUGUAAUGGAAUCUGACCUAAUUGUAGCAAAAGCAUGUGAAAUUCAUCCAGAAAAAGCUGGCACUAUAAAGAAAAUCCAAAAGGAAUGGGAGAGUUGAAAAGAAAGGAAAUGGGAAAUUAUCUGUGCAUUUACAGUUAUUCAGAUCUAAUUUAGUAUUUAUGACAUGAGAAGAAUGUCAUGAAAUACUUGAAGCAAUGGAUUGAAAUUAAAAUAAAUAUAAAUUUUUCUAUAUAUUGUAUAUUAUAG